AUCUGACACACAGCUGGUAGAUUUUAUACAACAUAGAAUAAAGAAGAGACGUUUGCUUCUUCAUUUUUUUCAUCCUAGAUACAACUGAAUAUACAUGUAAUAUGCACGAAAUAUCAAUAACCAGGGACUUUAGAGCCGGAAUACCAUCACAUUGGUUUUCUCGUACGAAACAGAAUGUUUUCUAGUGCUGCAGUCGUAUUUUUAGGGUUUUGACAAUGUGAUAUACCAUACUCUUCAUUGAAUGAUGGCAGCUUGUAAUUUCAAUCAACUGCGAUGUUUGCUUGCUACAUCAUUGCUCAUCGGAUGUCUGGCGAAGAUAUGGGCUGGAGCUUUAUUCAAUUUCAACGUGUAUACUUUAGCCUUACGUGAUACAUUUAACUAUACUCAGACUGAUAUCAACACAAUGGCCAUUCUGACAAAUGUGGGUUUAUCCUUUUGCCUGCCAGCUGGAAUCCUACAUGAUAAAUAUGGGCCGAGAUUGACAACUUUUCUUAGCUUAAUAUUAAGCUUCCUGGCAUAUAUUUUAAUUUGGAGUACAAGUAAGAACGUUGAAUUUUACCGUCAUAACGCAUGGUUACUGAAACUGUAUUACUUUUUCCUUGGUCAGGGAACAACGUUCAUGUACAUGUCAUCAUUCGUGACGAAUAUUAGCAACUUCGAAAGUAAAUACCGGGGGAAGGUCGUUGGACUUCUUGAUUCUUGUUUCGGUGGAAGUCCCACAAUAUUCGCCCUCGUCUACGCCACCUGCUUCGUAAAUGGUCAUAUAACAGAUGAUGAAAAUCAAAAUUGGCCUGGAUACAUAGUGGUGUUGCUUGUUGGAUCUACGAUUACUUAUUCCCUGUGUGUUUUACUACUCCGCGUGAGACCAGAUGGUAUUGAUACCGAAAAUGAAGCCAAUGUUGAACUCCGAGCACCUGCUCAAAAACCGAAUACAGAGGAUACGGAACUUGUAGAAGCAGACGAACUUGGAAAUCGAUACGACGGAACAGAUAUAGUUUUUGAUAAUAACCAAGAAACAAAAACAGGGACAGGCAUCGGUAACAGUUCAGAAUCGGGAACUGUAGUUGGUCAACGUUCAGAAGAAAUUGGAUCAUCCACACACUCGACGUUGUUCCAGAAGAUAAAAGAGGAGUGGUACGAUUUCAAAGGAACGCUUUUCAAAAGGGAGUACUUGUGUCUGCUGUUUGUGAAGUCAUUUGUCACACCCAUAGCUUUUGUUUACAUCACAAAUAUAACUGCGAUUCUUAAGGCUGCAAGACUUGAACAAUACAGUGCGACAAUGACUAUCUUAUUUCCAUUUGUUGGAAUUGGUGGUCGUAUCAUCAUUGCUAUCAUCGCAGAUUGUUUCCCAACUGUAUUACAUCGAUCAAUCAUCUUACUAGUUACCAACAUGGGUUUCGUUAUCGCCCAAGCUCUGCUCAUAGGUUUAGCCACCGAUUUGACAAUUCUUUUCAUUACAACAAUUUUAAUAUCAAUUGCGAUUUCAUGUUCCUGGUCAUUGCUUCCUGUUAUUUUAAGUGAUUUGUUCCCAAUGCGGAAUUUCGGACGAAAUUGGGGAGCAAUGUUAUUUAUGUCGUCAAUCCUCAGUGCAGUGUUUUAUCCGUUUUUAUUCGGAGCUGUGUAUGACGCCCAUACCGAGGAUGGUAGUCGAAACUGUUAUGGCCUUUAUUGCACACAGUUAACGUUCAUUGUCACGUUCGCGUGUAGUUUAAUUGGACUCUGCAUUAAUGUCGCACUGGUAAUAAUUCUUCGAAAUAAACAGAACUGAUUUGGCUUUUUGUGGUACAUUUAUUUAUUUAUGAAUAUCUCAAUUUCAACAAAAGAUGAUGUGACAUGUACCAACAUUUUGGUUUUCGAAUGGUUAUAAUUGUUCCUGAAAGAGUUGUGAGGGUGUUCGACAUUUUGUGUAUCAUAUCAUACUUUGGGUCGAUGGGGUUUCACAUGGGUUUCAUUUACUUAACAACAUAAUUCACUUUAUUUUUCACAAGACUCAUUAAAGACCAUAAAAACUGAUUUUCUUUUUGUAUCGUCAUUUAUUAUAUUGAAUUUACAUUUUGUCAUAAUAUAGUUUUUUACAAUUUAUAUCUUUGCAUUGUUGUUGUCAACAGAAGUUUAUACAUCCCUAUACAUAAUACAUCCUAUAGCAAAAAGGGGAGACGCGCUACAAUUAAGAAGAAGAACAAGUAACAAACGCGGGAAUAUAUCAAAUGUUAGGGGAAGGGGAAUCUCGUGAUUAAAAUAUCACCUCGAAUAGUUAGGUCAGACAAAUAGUAUUGUUUCUGCUUAUCGGUUGGAUAGCAAAAAUCCCAAGAAAAGUUGACCAGGGCGGAUCCCUGCUAUAGCAGUAUAUAGUCGAGAAACUGAUGCAUAUACCGAAAUCCUGACAAUUUAACAUAAAGGAGAAAAACCCGGUGGAAUCAAUACCUGAAAGUCUAGUGACUCCAAACAAGAUCAUUUUCCUGACCUGAUAAUAAUCAUAUGAUAGCUUGAAAUAAUUUUCCAUUGUCGUAAUACUACAAGCCAUUGUCG